UCGCGCCGGUGGAGGCAGGCAGGCUCGGUGUGUGGAAGGUCCCAUCGCGCAUUGCCUCCCCGAGACUUUAUACCGACGGGUGCCGUGUGUGUGCGCGCUCUGGCUCGCUCGUGUCGCUUCUUGGACUUCCUUCGCCUCAUUUGUUCUUUCCGCUCCCGGUGUUCCCCUUCCUCGUUUUCUUGUGCAGGGAUAUUUGUUGGAUUUCGCCCAACCGAGUGUGUCUCAGUGACUUGAGUGAUUUUUGCACGCCGAUGCGAUGUUCUCUCUCGCUGGGUGUUCGCUGGCCCCUUUGCGGCGCUAGUGACCGAGGCUUCCAGAUAGGCUGGGGGAAGCUGCAGGCUCUCGAACCCACAUGCGCAACUCCACCAACACAUACUUAGUGAACUUGGCCGUCGCCGACUUACUGGUGACCUUCGGGUGCAUGUGGGUGCACAUCAUCCGUCACCUCUCCCAUCCCAACUAUGUGCUGCCGGCCAUCAUGUGCAAGGUGGAUAGUUUCAUGCAAGCUACCACAGUGGUUCCCCGUCAUGGAGUUCUGCGCUUACUUCGUCGCCUACUCCAACUCAGCGCUCAAUCCCAUCAUCUACUGUGGCUUCAACGCGAGCUUCCGCCAGGGCCUCGUGUCACUCGUCACCUGCCGGCACUCGUCGUCCAGCAUCAUAUCUUACGGGCCCUCAACGGGCCGAUGGACCAUCAGCCAAGACCGAAACGAGAGCUCAGAAGGACACUGGAAAGGCAUGACUGCUGGCACCAGGGAAACCACUGUCGCUUGCUCGGGACCGGAGCCUGCUGUUCUGCUGGAGUUUAGCUCGCUUAGAAGAAGCAGGAUGGUACACAAGGCGGCCCAGCCUGUGCAGGAGUCUGACCGCCUUGUCGUCGCGACCUCGAACAAGAAUCUACGUGGCACAGUGACCUCUGACCUUACGUGUAAGAAGUGUUACAUGGGGGUCAACCUACAGCAGACGGACUCUCAGCUGACCCUCAACAACCACGGCACAACCACGACCACCUCCUUCAUCUACGACAACCACCACGAGUCCCCGAAGUCGUCCCACUCCGGCCGCAACUGCAGGAGAUUGGACGUCCAGGUCUCGAACUCUUCCAGUAAUAGUGGGACGGCGACAGUGACCACCGUCUGCGGCUGCUGCAAGAGGAAGUUCGUGGACGACGACAUGUACGACCUCAAGGUGGUCAAGGCAACAGCUGACAUGGAUACGAAAGGUGAAAUGCUGUGAAAGAGAAAGUCAGACCAGGCUUGAGAUAAAUUCUCGACAAAUUAUUAUGUCAGUAAAUUAUGUUAGUGUACGUACUGGCCGAAAAAGAAAUAUUCUGAUUAUUUUAAAAAACAGUAUUGAUAAUUGAUGGUAAAAAGACUAAUGAGCGAAAUUAUUUCUUUAAGUGAGUCACUUUGGUGUUCAUGAUCUAUUUUCUUGUUGUGACGCUUGUAUGUUACGUGUAUUUUACAUGGUAAGGUCACGUGUUCAACAUGUUUAUCGAUAUAUUUGUGGUUAUUCCGAUAUGAACUAUUACGCUUUGUGAGCCACGCUGUCGCACCGGCAGAUGGGGAAAUUCCUCUUCGAAAUCCACGUAUUUCCAAGAUGCAUCUCCAAGCAUUUACCUCUUCCUCUUCUUUUAUGGAAUUAUAAGAAAAGAAAAAAAACGGAUUCAUUUGUUCUCUCUCUUUUCAUGAUAACCCUUUUUCCAAACGUCAUAUCACUGACUUUCUACUUGAAUAUGAUGUUCAAGGGUUAUAUUAUACAACUUCAUAUCAUGGCGUUGGAAAGGACGCUAAGAAAUAUCAUAGUAUUACCCUUUGAUAAAAAGUCACAUAUCCACACCUAGAAUGAAGGACAUUGUUUCAUAACCUCUGAGAGAGAGAGAGAGAGAGAGAGAGAGAGAGAGAGAGAGAGAGAGAGAGAGAGAGAGAGAGAGAGAGAGAGAGAGAGAGAGAAUCAUACAGAAACCGAAUGGACAUUCAGUGUAUAUCGCGCAGUGUCGUGUGAUAUUUUCAUUUGGUGUAGUAACACUUUCUAGUAUGCUGCGCAAAACCCAACAUGGUACGGGGGAAUCCAUGAGGCGUAUUGCUCAGUAUAGUACAAAGACUGCAAGUUUACACUGUAUCUCCACUGAGAAGUAAACAUAAGAAUGACUUUGCUCUAUUACCAGCUCUAUGUGUGUGUCAAUUACAACUGUGUGUAUGAAUGGGUUUCUACUUUGCUCACUGUUCAAAUAAUGUAAGUAUUUGAUUAUUUUUAAUGUUUUUUUUUCUAUGAUAUGUAUACAUAUGCACAUAUACAUGUAUAUUGGUAUAUCUAUACAUAUGUACAUAAAUACACAUAUACAUAUUUAGAAUAAAAUAUAAGUGGUUAAACACACGUAAAUAUGUAAUUUUUGUCUACCUACCUAAAUAUUUACACACACAAACACAUAUAUUUGUACAUAUAUAUACGUGCAUAUAUAUAAAUACACACACAUAUAUAU